UUAACGAUGGCGGAGCGAUUCGGCGCUCGGAGAAAAUCGCGUCGGGACAGCAACGAGGCCGCAGGAUUGGGAGCCUCGAGAACCGCGACCCCGACUUCCAGGGACAAACGAGCCAAGCGUCAAACGAAACCGACGAAAGAGCGAUGGCUGCUCACGCGAAAAACUUGGCGUUACAUGGCCGACGCUGGUCGAAAAUUGAUACCCGACGGUGUUCACAAUCGUCAAGAGGAUAUUCCAAAGAUCGAGGAAUACUUUCAGGAGAUAUGCCAAAAGGAACCGAAAUUCCUGCUGCUGAGGAAGGCCUCUUACCCGAGUACGCUGGGAUUCCGUACCCACAGGAGGCGGAGGCACGGGAAAGGUGGAAGUUGCCGUGUGAAAGCGAGUUCCGCGGACGAGGCGGAUCUCGAAGCGCGUGGGCCGAGUCCGGGCUUUCUUCUGCAGGCGACGUCGGGCGGUAGAUUCGACAUAACGAAAAUGAAACGGGACUGGCUCAGGGGUGAAAAUAUCCCACCGGGCGGCGGCAGCACUCCGACGACUCCUGUAACGCAGAGAAGAGUCCCACGGGAAGAUGUCGAGGCCAAGGCGUUGGCCGACAUGUUGCAAAAGUACCUGAACAUGCGCAGCGACUGGGAGGGUGCCGAGACCGGAGGGAACGCGAGACGAUCCGGCGGUCGGGACGCUUCGCAGGGUAACGGCAACGAGCCGCGUUUCGAUCAUCAGAAUCUGAUCGACAAACUCCAGCAGCAUCUCGACCUGAUAAUGGCCGAAGGCAGGAGCAGACGGCAGGACCCUUCGAAGGAAGGGGUCGCGUCGGGUGAAGAAGUUUCGAAAACUAUGCUACCUUACCAAGGGGACUACGUUCACAAGUCCUUGCUGGACACCCUGAGUCGUUAUUACAGCAAAUCCCCGAACCGGGAUCACGUGAUAUCGGAUAUCCUGACCGAUCGUAAAUUACUGGAGAAGUUGUACUUCGAUUUGAGGUGCACCAGGGGUUUCAGGGGUCCGAGAUCCACCGGUGCUUACGCGUCCCCUUCCUCCCAAUGGCUGUUCAACUCCGCCAACAGGAGCCAGAAGGACGGGGACCAGCAGGCCGAUAAUUCCUGGCUACCGAGGAGAAGAGACCUCGCCUCCCCUCCGCCCUUGAUAGCGGUCCAAGGUCCGAGCAUGGACAGAGGUCCCGUAGACGAGGCCGUCCAGACCGAUCCGAUCCCGAGGAGCGUGCUGGAGACCUGUCUGUCCGAAAGGGACGAUCAAUUGAAUCGCGACAAUCAUCACGGCAGCAAAACGACAUCCGGCCAGGGAGGAUCGGGAUCGUCGAGGCGUAGAAGCAGCGUGGACAACGACGACGUGUCCCCGUCCGUCAGCGACACCAUAAAACGUUACCUGAGAAUGGCGCGUAAAAAGUCAAUGGACGCGGACAAGGUCGAUAGAUUUAAGAGGGUGAACUACGACAGAAACUUGAGAAACAUCAAGGGUAAAUACGCGGAGACAACGAGUCCCUCCGACGAUCAUGGCAAUAGCAAGGGUAGCCAAACCGACGAUAACUGGGCGGUCAAUUACCGUGAAAUGUACGAGGUCGUCGCCACUGCGGACAAUCUGUCCGAUCAGGAAACUACGUCGCCGGGGAGUCGCAACGCGAGUUCGAGGAGCAGCAUCGACGCCGGUUUGGGAUCCGAAGAAUUGACCCCUUCCACACCGAAGCAUCAUCAAUCCUUCCUAUCCCAUUUACUGCACGGUUCCAAUUCUAACAGAGAUAAGCCACAUUCGGCACCAGGUUCACCCGCUAUGACGACGUUGAAUUCCUCAGGUGGCUCAGCGAUGCAGAAAAGCAAAUCGUCCAGCAGCGUGGUCCACCACGGGAGCAGAUUGGUAGCUAAAAAAAUAUGGAGAUCAAGGAGUAAAAGCACCUCGCGUACCUCGAAUCAACCCUCCACCUGGACACCCCAGGGAAAAUGUACCUGGGCCGGUGCAGGAGGAAGACGCGUCACUCUUCAAGAUACCUCGUUACGCGCACUUUCUGACGUAGAACGACGCGUUCUUUGUCAAGUGGCUGUUGCUAAAUUGCAGGCCUUAAAUUUGGGGGUCCAUAUCAGGCCACCUACGGAAACGUUGGGGGGUUCGGUAUCGGCGAAGCCCAAGCGUCGCGCUUAUCUACUGAAACGCAAAGCUCUGACAACAGGUUUUUUCGACAACAAGGGGAAAGAGGACAAGGACAAAGAAUCGGCCGGAGGUUUGGUCUUUGGUAUUCCUUUGUCCCAAUGCCUGGAGAACGACAGAAUUGCGAGGGUAGCAGCGGCUGCGGGCGAAGCGAGCGACGUCGGAAGUCUGACCAGAAACAGCAGACACGGCAGCAGAGCCAGUUUCACGAGUUUGAUAGAAGUUCCGACCGCCGCUGCAAAAACGGACGAGGGUGGCUCCUGCGAAUCUUUACCUUCGAAAGGUGGAGCGUUGACGAGCAGCGAUUCCGGUAUGCUCGAACUCAGCGACGGCGGAGGGAGCGGCGGGACCCCCGGCGAAUGGGAUUCGGUGCCCUGGAUAGUCCAGCAGUGCAUAAAACACAUCGAGAACAGCGGCCUCCACACCCUCGGUGUGUUCCGGGUGUCACCUUCGAAAAAAAGAGUAAGACAGCUGCGAGAAGAUUUCGACUGCGGACGGGAGUCGAAAAUCGGCGUGGAUCAGUGUCCGCACGACGUGGCGGCGCUCCUCAAGGAAUAUUUUCGGGAUUUGCCGGAUCCCCUCCUCUGCAGGGAUCUUUACCAGGCGUUCGUUCACACGCAAAAGAUAAGAAACAGGCGGCUUCAGCAGGAGGCUCUCCAACAUCUCAUUCAGUUACUGCCUGCUCCGAAUCGCGACACUCUGUGGGCUCUGCUCAACUUUCUAGGCGAAGUUGCUGGGAACAGCGAGGACCACAAGAACGAAAGCGGAGAAUGGGUAGCUGGAAACAAAAUGGACGCUACAAAUCUAGCUACGGUGUUCGCGCCGAAUAUUUUGCACUGCGUAAAACCGGGGCAAACCAGGCCGGAGGUCUCGGCUGAAAGGGCCGAAGAACGCAUAGACGUGAUAAACGUGGUCCGAGCUUUGCUCGAACACAGUUCGGUUUUAUUUACCGUACCGGCGGCACUUCUGGACGAACUUUACCUCCACAUGAUGGACACCCAUCCCGCCGACCUCGACGCCGCCCUCACGCGCAGAGCGGACGAGCAAUGCGGUGGUGACGAGGUGGACCCUUGCAGCGAGGCGGAAACGUUUCCGGAGGAAGGCGCGGCGCCCGCGGCGUCCCGCCGUGUUUGGACGCGGGAACAAUGCCUCCAUCAGACGGCCGGUGUCGGGGGGGACAUCGGGCCCAGACCUAGGCGACCCAAGCGUCCCGGCAGUCGUCGAAAGGACGAGAACGCUCGGAGCAACAGCGUCGACAGCGGAUCCAGCGAAGAUCCCGCGGAUCUCAGGAGAAAGUCAUCCCCCAUGGUGAUAACGGCGAGUCUGACUAUUCCUAUGAGCGGUGCGUUCACCUUGAAUCUCGACGAUCCGGAUAUUCCCUACAUCGAAGAGGGACCCAGGCAGCCCUGCGCACCGCCCAGGAGGCAGCGUCAACGUUCGAUAUCCGGUUGCAGCGAAGGUGGCGGCAGACACGGUAGCGACAGCGCCGUCGGAUCGUCCGCCACGUUGUCCGGCGAUCAGCCGCCUAGCUCACCGCCUUCGUGGGCGUCGAGUCCGCCGGCUAGUCCGGACAGCGCGGUUACGGCCGUUUCUUACAUACCCGAUCAGCAGGCGGUUCUCCAGAGGGUCUCCUUCACCACGUCGAGCGAGGUGAGGCAAAUAUCGAGGUCGACCGGUCAAACGAACCAGAGCAGCGCGGCCCAACCGCCGCAGCCGACGACGACGCCGUCACCCUCCCUCCCGGAGAGCGUCGCCUCGAGGAAUUCCUCCGGGUCUUACACGCCGAGUAUCACGAGCAUCGGGGGUGCUGUGUUGAGGUCGAAGACGGCCGACAUCGAGAGGAUGUUGCACAUAUCCAGACCGGACGGUCCCAGUCCUUCGACGGUGUCCCAACCGAGUCAACAGUCCCAGUCGGUCGUCCCGUCGACGAACCUUAAUUCGUCGUCGGCUGCUACGAAUGAGAAUAAAAAGUAUACCAAGAGACGUUACACCGACUCGAGGCACCAGACGAGGCACAUACCCGACGCCGAAACCCUGGCGGGUAAGUCGUCGACGCCGGUCGCGUCGAUGACGAGCCCUACGCCGGCGUCGACAACGACGCCCACCCUCCCGACGCAUAAUACUCGCGGCGGUGUCACGGCACCGGUUUGGAAACGACGCGAGCUGAUAUCCAGCGCUCCUAAGGACCGCGAAAGUUAUUUUUAACGACAAUGAUAAACAUGCGAUAUUUACACCUAUAUCGUUUCAAAGAUCGACGCACCCCUUUGUCAAUUUUUAUCACAUUUAUCCGACUCGUUUCUUCUCUUCUUUCUAUUUUUAUUAUUUAUUCAUCGAUUAUUUAUUUAAUUUAUUAUUUUAUUUGUUACACUUUUUUCAUUUCUCUUCGUUUCUUUUUUUUUUUUUGUUUUUUUUUUUUUUUUUGACGGAAAUCUGCGAUCCAUACUCCUGGCGAGGACUGUCACCAGACUAUAUUAUAUAGUUAGUAAUUAUUAUCGUAUCGAUGACCGAUUGCGCGCGAUUUUGAGAAAUAAAUAUGAUACGAACAAUUGUAUGAUAAUAAUGUAAGUAAGAGGCGCGCACACACACCGGCCAAGAAAGUAAAAAUAUUGAAAGAAAACGCAUUAUACAUGUACGUCGAGAAAAUAUUAUAUCAUUAUAAACAUGAGAAUCGUCGUUAAGUUUUUAAAAAUUAUGUAAAAACUGAAUUACAUAAAUAAAUAUUAAUUUUAUACAAAA